AUGUAUCAUCUUAAAUACUGCAUAUUAGAUUUAAUAGAACAUUGUGCUAUAAUAUAUUUGAUCCUACAGGUGUGUGUUCUUAUCGCGGCCCUGCAUGCUGGAAACGAGGUGCAAGCUGGUUUUCUGAACGGUCGUUCAUCUCGCCAAUGCUGGACUCCAUGGUUUAGCAGAAAUAACGCUUCUGGGCGCGGGGACUUUGAGACUCUGAAAAAACUGCGCCUUGAACACCCGUCAGAGAUCUGUCCGGUGCCCAUCGGAAUUGAGGUUCAGACGGUAUCUGGAGACAAUGUGUCUUCAACGGGAGAUAAUAUCACUGUUUCUGAUGCAACCAGAGGAUUCAUCUGUAAAAAUGAAGACCAGUCAAGCGGCCAGUGCUCGGAUUAUCGUGUUCGUUUUAAGUGCCCCAUCAACUUCUGCCCCAUAGAAGAAUGCUGGACGCCGUGGCUUAACGGAGACAAGCCAUCCGAUGACGGGGACUUUGAGACUCUUGUGGAUCUUCACAACGCUUACGAGUGGCAAAUCUGCGAACAUCCAAUCGAAAUCCAGGUCAAAACGGCAUCGGGGAAGAGUGUGGAGUCAACGGGGGAUGUGAUUUAUGCGGCCGACACAAAAACCGGAUUUGUCUGCAGAACUUGCGACCAGCCAAAGGGUUUGUGCUCGGAUUAUCAAGUUCGUUUCAUGUGCCCCCUCGAGUUCUGCAAACCAGACGUGUGCUAUACUCGCUGGUUUAAUCAAGAUAGCCCCAGCAAAGGGAACGGAGACUCUGAAUUACUUGGGCCUCUCCGUCGCAAAUUCCCCGAUGCAAUCUGCGAAUACCCAAUUGACAUCGAGGUGGAAACCGUAGACGGACAUAAACCGUCUACAACAGGCGACAUCAUUCAUAUAGCUGACCCUGCCAUCGGUUUUAGCUGCAAAAAUGACGACCAGAAGAGCGGAAUUUGCUUUGAUUAUCGAGUUCGUUUCAUCUGCCCCAGCCAUUUCUGCAAAGACCAAGAUUGCUACACGAAAUGGUUUGAUCGUGACAACCCCGCUGGUCGAGGAGACUUUGAGACGCUUGCAUCCCUGCGCGAUGAAAAUCCAUAUCAAAUCUGCAAACACCCACUUGAUAUCGAAGUCCAAACCACAGAUGGUUUCACCGUGGCUGCGACGGGCGAUGCGAUUGCAGUAGCUGACACCAUUACAGGAUUCGUCUGUGAAAACUACGGUCAGCCUCAUGGCGGCUUGUGCUCAGAUUAUCGCGUUCGCUUCAGGUGUCCCCUGGAUUUCUGCAACCCACCAGUAUGCUGGACCGAGUGGUUGAACAGCGACAACCCCAGGGGCGGGGGCGACUUUGAGACGCUUACUCAACUGAGAAGCAAAUUCCCAAACAAAAUUUGCGACGUUCCGGUUGAAAUUAAGGUCGAGACUAAAUCCGGAGGCAGUGUGGAUUCGACAGGCGAUGUGAUUUAUGUAGCCGACACCGAAACUGGAUUCAUCUGUAAAAAUUCAGACCAGAAGAAGGGAAUUUGUUCCGAUUAUCGUGUACGUUUUGAGUGUCCUCUUGACUUUUGCCACGCGAACGUGUGCUUCACCGACUGGUUCAAUAGUGACAGUCCAAAUGGAACGGGGGACUUUGAGCUCUUCGAAAAAAUUUCCACCAAGUAUCCCGAUGUCAUCUGCGACCACCCCGUCUCCAUAGAAGUUGUCACUGCUGACGACGGAUAUCCAUUCGUCAAUUCUGGACAGAUACCUUACAAGUUCAGUCCUUCUGAAGGUUUUGCCUGUCGCCACAGUGACCAGAAGGGCGAAGACUGCUAUGACUACCAAAUUACGAAGAAAAUCAGUGACAAAGGGCUCGACUUCGUGCUGGCAAUGCGAACCAGGCUUCUGUUCCAAGUGGACAAGAAACCGUAUGGUACCGAUCCCAUUCUCCCGGAGCACCCACCACAGGAAACUUCGAGGGACACGGUCCAAUACCUUUUCCAAGACCACAAACCACAUGUAGACCGGAUAGGCAAACUAUGUACUUCCCAGUACCCCUGCAAGGGUGUAGACCUGUACCUCCUGGAGCUGAGACUCAUACAAGUUGCUGUGGACUUCCUGAGGAAAACAAACAAAUCCAGCAGGGACAAAAGUACAGGCAGCUUCCACUGGGACAGAGUUCAUCCUGCUGGGGAUCCGUCACCAUCGCAAAAGAUAGAGGUGACCUUGUAUUUAAGGCUGCCCGCUUCCACCAUUUGGACGGACGACAACCAACAACCAGCAUCCUGUAUGGACAGAAACAUGGCAUCCUCAAUAAUGAUCGUAUGGGCGUUUGUCCUGAUUGCAGCCCUGCAUGUUGGAAACAACGUGGAAGCCGCAACAGGUUGCUAUACUAAAUGGUUCGAUCGAGACGACCCGUCCGGUAACGGAGACUACGAGACUCUACGUGACCUGCAAAAGGAGAAUCCAGGUCAAAUCUGCCAAACCCCGAUUGAUAUCGAAGUCCUUACUACAUCUGGGAUGAGCGUGGCUUCAACCGGCGAAGUGAUUGCCACAUGGAACACCAAGGUGGGAUUCAUCUGUCAAAACUCUGACCAGAAGAACGGCUUUUGCUCGGAUUAUCGUGUUCGUUUCAAGUGUCCGGUCAACUUCUGCGCCCCAAAAGGUUGCUAUACUAGAUGGUUUGAUCGAGACGACCCCUUUGGUUACGGAGACUACGAGACUCUGCGUGACCUGCAAAAGGAGAAUCCGGGUCAAAUCUGCAAAAGCCCCACUGAUAUCGAAGUCCUUACUACAUCUGGGAUGAGCGUGGCUUCAACCGGCGAUGUGAUUGCCCAAUGGAACACCAAGGUGGGAUUCGUCUGUAAAAACUCUGACCAGAAGAACAGCUUUUGCUCGGAUUAUCGUGUUCGUUUCAAGUGUCCCCUCGAUUUCUGCUCCCGAAGAGGUUGCUAUACUAAAUGGUUCGAUCGAGACGACCCGUCCGGUAACGGAGACUACGAGACUCUACGUGACCUGCAAAGGGAGCAUCCGGGUCAAAUCUGCCCAACACCCCGAGAUAUUGAAGUCCAAACUACAUCUGGGAUGAGCGUGGCUUCAACAGGCGAUGUGAUUGAUACAUCCGACGCCAAGACGGGAUUCAUCUGUAAAAACGUGGAUCAGAAGCAUGGGAUGUGCUCGGAUUAUCGCAUUCGAUUCUGGUGUCCCUUCUGUCCCCCUUCAGAAAUGGUUCCUAUUCAUCGGGUCGGACCUGUUUAAAUACCAUCAAGUCACGGCCCUUCCUGACAA